UCUCUCUCUCUCUCUCUCUCUCUCUCUGUGCGUGUGUCUACAAAUAUGCACACACAAAAAAGCAUUACAAUGAAUCAUUUUAGGUCUGAAUAGAUAUGUCAGAGCCCAUCAGCUCUGUUUUCUGUCCCACUGUUGGGGCAAGGGGAGGGGGGUCUAUCCCUGGGUGUCUGGUGCUGGGGACUUGGGAGGGGUGGCCUCAAAAUAGAUAACAAGGGGACACUGCUUGUAGAAACCCUUGGGGGAGGACUUGCUUGACUGCCUGUCUAAUUUGUACUGGUAAGCAAAGGUGGUGGACACAUCUUUCACACGUCGAACACUUCUUCCAACAGCGGAGAGAGUAAAGAGAGUAAAGAACAACUUUUCUCCUCGUCAAUCAGAGCUUAGCUACCUCAGCGACAUAAUUGCUCAGUGAACUGGACCUGCUUGUCUAUAGCCUUCUCAUUGUGUUUAUUUGGAGUUCCCCUAGCGACAUUGUUGACAGUGAAGAAGGGAUUUUUACUUCAGAAGGAAUCAUUUUUUUGUGCUUAUCUGAAUUGAGGGGUAUUCUUUGUGACACUGUUACAUGGAUGUUUCCCUCAAAAAGGCUGCUGACCACUGAGCUGUCCCAGCAGAGUGAGGAGCUGCCAGGGGACCUGCAGUCUCUAUCCUGGCUCACCACCGUGGACGUACACAGGCUGCAGCAGAUGGCCACAGGCAGACUGGCCUUCAACAACACAGAACCCCAGAGCAACCCACUGGAGCUUCACCCAGGUUCAGACCAGCACAGAAACAUGAAUACAGCACUAGGACAUGACACCAUUGUCCCUCGCCAUAGCAACAUGCAGAACAGUCAUAUUGGAAUGAACUACAUCAACAAUCAAAAUGGAAAUAUGACAGGAGGGUACCCAGGAAGUGGUAUGCCUGCCUCAGAAUACCAGUCCUCCCCAGCCCACUACUACCACUCCCCCCAGCAGGCCUAUAGCCCAGCUCAGGCUGUCCAACAGCAUUCCCCCAGGAGCCUGUAUAACAGCCCCUCCUACCAUAGCCAAAACCUGUAUGAGCAGCAAGCAGCAGGCAUGAGCAUCAGCAACCAGGAUCUCCUACAAGAACCUAAUUCCUUCCCCAAACCUAUCUACUCCUACAGCUGCCUGAUUGCUAUGGCUCUGAAGAACAGCCGGACAGGCAGCCUCCCUGUCAGUGAGAUCUACGGCUUCAUGAAGGAGCACUUCCCUUACUUCAAGACGGCGCCUGACGGCUGGAAGAACUCUGUGAGACACAACCUGUCUCUGAACAAGUGCUUUCAAAAGGAAGAGAACAAGCAGGGAGGCUCCUCCUCCACUCGUAAGGGCUGUCUGUGGGCCCUCAACCCAGCCAAGAUCAACAAGAUGGAGGAAGAGAUGCAGAAGUGGAAACGCAAGGACCUGACUGCCAUCCGCCGCAGCAUGGCCAACCCAGAUGAGCUGGACAGGCUGAUCACAGACCGACCGGACGGCUGUCGGAGGAACCCUUGUGACCCCAGGAUGACGUGUCUCCCUUCUAGCCCCUGUGGUUCCCCUCUGUCUGGGCUUCUGCAGACAUCCCUCCCCUUCCAUCUCCAGGCCCAGAAUCCCACCAUGCUAGGAGACCCCAGCUCCCCUGUUCCCGCCCGGACCCCUCCCCUCCACGCGGUCCCAGACUACUCCCACACCCCCUUCAUCCAGCAGCAGCCCUACAGACAAGCCAACAGCCACAGUCUGUACAGCCUCCACCCUGACGUCACAGCAGAUGUGGACGCUCUGGACCCUAGUAUCAUGGAGUUUGCCGGGAGCCUAUGGGAGGGGGUGAGAGAGGAGGGCUUCAGCCUGGAGAGUAUGUUUAACCACUCUCCUCUGUGCCUGUCUGACUCUGAGCUGCCUGGCCACACCACUGGACAGCCCCUGGUGGACCUACAGGUUUCAGGGCUGUACACCACCCUGGACCCGGCACCUGCUGUCCCCUUCUAGUACAUCACCACCACAGAGGCCGCCCUGCUCUGACUGACUGUGAAACACUGAUAUACAGUGUAUUAAACACUGAUGUACACCAAGACAGACCACUACUGUUGAACCUGCAUGUCCCCACACCUACUGUAUGAGAAUCCUGAACAUUCUCCCACCUGACAGGAUGUCUUGCCUCUUUCAUGUCAAUCAGAGAUUUUUUUUUUUUUACUGAUUCCUGUUUCUCCACCAAAGCACUUAAGAAGCACCCAAAUCAGCUAGCAUAGACGUGUUUGAUUGGGCCUGUCAGAUUUUUAGAGUGAUGAGGAUACAGUGUUUUUGUGUGUGUAAUGGUUUAGAGGUAAAAUGCAAUGCCACUUUAUUUUUACAAGAGCUGGAGUCAAUGUUGUGACGGUUGUCUUCUGUGAAGAUAUGUAAAAGAUUGUCGGGGAAACUCAUCUGUCAUCUAUUUCUUGUGGAGGAAAAGUCUUUACUAGCUUGUGCAAACAAUCAUUUUUUUGUUACCAGAUUUGAUUGUGGUAUUUUAGCUCAAUAGUUUCUUUGUAGUACUAAAGUCCUGCUAGGCAGGCAUUAUCUCAGAGUUUUCUGUUUUGUUCAUUUGUAUUUAUUUACUUUGCUCUGUGUAAACUGUCUAACAUGACUCUUAAAGCCAUGCCUUACAACAAUAAUUGUAUAUUGUAAUAUAGAGGACUUUAACAUGUUAAUGUAUUUUAGAAAUACUAAACAUUUUUAACUUAAGAUUAUUUAUGUAAAGGUAUUACAGACAUGUUAAAAGCCUUAGCAGAUUCACCUGUUUUAAACUGACAAUAGACUCCUGUGCCUACAAGGUGUUUCUCUAACUGUAAACAUUUUCAGAAUAAAUAUUUUCAGAUGCCAGA